AGCACUUGUUUGCACGUAUAUUGCUUUGAUUAUGGGUAUGUGUGCAUAAUUGCAUAUGUAUGUUUUGCCCCUUGAGAGCUUGAGAAAUGUCACAAUGAUCUCGCGAAGCCAAGUCAUAAGCUGAUGAUGGGACUCACAGGAAUCUGCAGGUGUACCACAAGGCAAUAGAAUCUCUCAAGUGUAUGUUCAAUCGCAAAGGCCACCACUAAUAUGUGCCUUUUCCUCGACUCUCUUGAUGAUGAUACCCUCCUUGGCGUCUUUUCUGCGCUGACUGUUCCAGAUGUGCUCAACCUGAGACAAACAUGUCGUAGACUGCUAGUCUUCUCAAGUCAGCGAAUUGUAUGGCAGAAUAUCGGUUCUUCUCAGAUAUUGCAGCAGGGCAUACCCUUCUCUAAGAAACCACUCUCGAGUUUCCCUGUCCGUGAUCUGGAGGACAGAGUACGCCGUGCCUACCAUCUUGGGAAGGCUUGGAAAGCUCCUUCAAUUACAUUUCGCGCGUCUGGCUUCGCAGCGAGCAAUGGGAGCCCUAUUCAAGACAUCUACUUCAUUCCAGGCCAUGAUCGGAGAUGGCUCAUCACAGUCUCUCAGGGUAUAUGGUCAAUGAUCAUACUCUGGGAUCGCCGUAACUUGAAGCGAGUCACUUCGUGGUCCCCCCAAAAGGCUGUCUUCUCUGCUCUAGCAGUGAACACGUCUGAAGAUUGUGAAGCUGCUCUCGCGGUGUCACUGCACAGAUACGAUUCCGUUGUGGUUGAGAUAUUAGCUAUCGCGUCUAUAACGCCGGACUCUCCGCCAGGGUUUGAAUGCAUUGCCCGACUGGACACGUUACGUCAACCAAUCGCUAUGUGCGGGUCCUUACUAGCCUUAGCCGACGACGAAUCCGAGACAAUAAUUUGGAACUGGAAAACACAGGAGUACGCGGUCUUACAAAGUCCCGUUGAUGCGGACCUUUGGCGGAACAAAUGCACUCAGGUCGUCUUUGCAUACAAGACCAUUCUUGUUGUUAGAGCUCGUUCAGUUCAUGCAUUUACGGAGCCAAAACUAGCACCACAUUCCAACACAUGCAUCCAUCAUCCCUAUGCCCAGAGCACAUUUGGUUGGGUGGACGGUAUCUUUAUCUCUGUUCCGCCAUCUUCGCCUGAGGAUCCCACAGGAAUGGAAGGACAGCCUCUGUCGAUUCUUGUGCGCACGAAGAAUGAUGACCCGUGGUCAUCCACGUUCAAGAUGCAACUCUGGACUUUGAGUCCAAUGACCUCGCCUUAUGAAGCUACUGUCGACGGGCCACAUUACAUUUUCCCCCCUUCUAUGACAUCAGAAAUCGUCACCCCGCGCCGGGGUGCCCUACGAUGCACCGACAUGGUGCUUGGUCCACAUGGGACUGCAGUCUGGGUGCAACCAGAAGACUAUUCAGUUGCAGGCUUAAUCUCUUCGAGCGUUCACCUGCAAAAUAUGCCUGUGCCACAGUCUCACGAAACACUUGUCGCCGCCGCCUUCCCUGGAUUGCUCAAUACUCAGGAUAAAUCGCAGGUCAAGUCAUCGUGGAAGAAUUACGGCAAGGAUUGGACAUGUCUUGACUAUGAUGAAGAAAGAGGCUGUGUUGCACUAGGCUCGGCUGCUGGUGCUGUCACUAUCCUAGAUAUUUAAAUUCUGGUCAAAAUCAGUAUCUGGCUCUAAGCAUGCAACCAGUAAUCUGUAUGCUCACAAGGGACACGCUAAAGUCCUCCCGUGCCAACUCGCCAGUGGCUUCUUUAAAUCCUUGAUAGUUGUCAAGUAGACAUGACGUUGGAUGCCGCAAUGGUAUAGACUGCAUAUCUUUC